AUGGCCGCUGCAUCCAACGUCUCUGUGCUCGCACUGCUGCUGCUAGUGCUAGUCCCGGCCAUCUCGGCUUCUUCUCCGGCCCCGGCCAAGAGGAAGGGCAGUGACAGUGCCACCGAUCUUGCUGCUCUGCUGGCCUUCAGAGCCCAGCUCUCCGAUCCGCGCGGCAUCCUAACCAGCAACUGGACCACCGGCACCUCCUUCUGCCACUGGGUUGGCGUCUCGUGCAGCCGGCGGAGGGAGCGCGUCACCGCCGUGAGGCUGCCGGGCGCGCCCCUCUAUGGGUCGCUGGCUCCCCAGCUCGGUAACCUGUCCUUCCUCUCCGUCCUCAACCUUAACAACACCAACCUCACGGGCUCCAUCCCGUACCACUUGGGAAGGCUUUGCCACCUCAAAGUCCUGCACCUCGGCUUCAAUGGUCUCUCGGGUAGCAUUCCUCCUAGCAUGGGGAACCUCACGAGGCUUCGACUUCUCUCCCUCAAGUCCAACCAUCUCUCUGGUCCAGUCCCGGCGGAGCUGCAGAACCUGCAGAGUCUUGGCUACGUAAACCUAAAGAAGAAUCGCCUUAGUGGCUCCAUACCGCCCCACAUAUUCAACAACACCCCUCUGUUAACUUAUAUAGACAUGGGCAACAACAGCUUGUCGGGACCAGUUCCAUGGUGCAUUGCCUCCUUGACAAUGCUCAAGGUCCUCGACCUGCAAGCCAAUAAUCUCGCCGGACCGGUACAUCCGGCCAUCUUCAACAUGUCUAAGCUACAUGUUCUCUCCCUCGGUGGCAACUACAACUUAACCGGUCAUUUCCCUGGCAACGGAAGUUUCAGUCUCCCACAGCUAAGAUGGUUCACCGCCCAUGAGAACUGCUUCACUGGUCCGAUUCCGUCGGGGCUCGCGUCCUGUCGAUACCUCCAAACUUUUUCCGUGUCCAUUAAUUAUCUUGAGGGUGUUGUACCAACCUGGCUGGGCAAGCUCGCUCAUCUCAGCAUUAUUUCCUUGGGUGACAAUGACCUUGUUGGUACAAUCCCUGCUGUACUUGGGAACCUCACUAGGCUAAGUGUCCUUCACAUGGGAUACUGCGAGCUAACAGGAGCCAUUCCGGCAGAAUUUGGACAGCUGGGCCAACUCACCUUUCUGCAUCUCGGAGUUAAUCGACUAAUCGGGCCCAUUCCUGCUUCUCUCGGUAACCUGUCUCAUUUAGGAGAGCUAACAUUGGAGAAUAACAUGUUGCAUGGGCAGGUACCAGCAACAAUGAGCAACCUCAACUCUUUGGUGGUUGUUAACAUUGCACAAAACCGCCUACAGGGGGAUCUCAGCUUCUUAUCCAUUUUUUCGAAUUUCAGAAUGCUCCAGUUUCUUAUCAUCUACUUGAAUGAUUUCACCGGAGUCCUCCCUGACUACGUAGGUAAUCUAUCAAGUCAUCUGCAAUACUUCAGUGCAGGUGGAAACAAGUUAGUUGGUCAACUCCCCGCUACCAUUUCAAAUUUAACUGGUCUCCUUGCGCUAGAAGUUUCAAACAACCAACUGCACGGUGCAAUUCCGCAAUCCAUCAUGAUGUUGGAGAAUCUACGGUAUGUUGACCUCAGUGGAAAUAGCUUGUUUGACCCCAUCCCAUCACAAAUUGCAAUGCUAAAGAAUCUAUACCACUUGAACCUCGAACAUAACAAAUUAUCUAGCUCCAUACCAGUGGGCUUUGGCAACCUCACCAAGUUACAACACUUGGUAUUAUCUGGUAACCAAUUAUCAUCAACUAUACCACCAAGUUUAUUUCAUCUUGAUGGACUCCUCGAGCUUGAUUUGUCUCAAAACUUCUUCAACGGAACAUUACCGAUUGAUAUAGGCUAUUUGAAAGAAAUCAACCGCAUGGAUCUCUCUACCAACUGCUUGGUUGGUAGCCUCCCAUAUUCAACUGGACAACUCCAAAUGAUAGCCUUCUUGAACCUAUCUCACAAUUUGUUCCUUGAUUCAAUUCCACUCUCUUUCAAUAAGCUAACCAACCUACAAGCAUUAGACCUAUCCCAUAACAAUCUCUCCAGCGCCAUCCCAAAGUACCUAGCCAAUUUUACCUACCUCACAGCCUUGAACCUAUCUUUCAAUAAUCUACAAGGUCAGAUACCCACGGGAGGCGUCUUCUCAAACAUCAGCAUGCAAUCCUUGAUGGGGAACUUAGGGCUAUGUGGUGCUUCAACCAUUGGAUUUUCACGGUGUCCAAGUAACACUACCCGAAGAACAAAUUGGCACAUGCUAGAAAUUCUGCUCCCUACUAUCAUCAUUGUAGUUGGAGUGGUAGCUUUCUGUGCAUAUGUAAUGAUCAGAAAGAAAAUUAAGAUGCAACAAGGGGAGACAAUUUCUGCGGGCACGGUUGACUUGACCAUCCAUCAGUUGGUCUCCUACCAUGAGCUCAUGCAUGCUACUGAUAAUUCUAGCGAGGGCAACUUGUUGGGAUCUGGAAGCUUUGGGAAAGUUUUUAAGGGCCAGCUAUGCAACGGUGUUGUUGUUGCAGUAAAGGUUUUUGACAUGCAGUCAGAACAAGCCAUUAGAAGCUUCGAUGUUGAAUGCAGUGUGAUGCGCAUGGCACGACACCGCAACCUGAUAAGGAUAUUCAACAGCUGCUCCAAUCUGGACUUCAGAGCACUAGUGUUGCAAUACAUGCCCAAUGGAAGCUUAGAGGCGCUCCUACACUACUCUGAAGCGACAAGGCACUUGGGGUUCCACGAGAGGUUGGACAUCAUGCUCGACGUGUCCAUGGCAAUGGAGUAUUUGCACCAUGAGCACCAUGAGGUGGUCUUACACUGCGAUCUGAAGCCAAGCAACGUGCUUUUUGACGAGAACAUGACGGCACAUGUGGCAGACUUUGGUAUCGCGAGGUUGUUACUAGGUGAUGACAGCUUCAUGAUGCAUGCGAGCAUGGCAGGCACAAUUGGGUACUUGGCACCUGAGUACGGGUCUCUAGGAAAAGCAUCAAGAAAGAGCGAUGUCUUUAGCUACGGGAUCAUGCUCCUUGAAGUCUUCACUGCAAAGAGACCCACGGAUGCAAUUUUUGUCAGAGAUCUAAGCCUUAGGCAGUGGGUUAUUAAGGCAUUCCCUACAGAGCUUGUCCAUGUUGUGGAUGACCGACUACUGCAAGGCUCUUCUUCUCACGUCAGCUUGGAAUCUUUUCUUGUGCCGAUAUUUGAGUUAGGUUUGCUCUGCUCCAGCGACUUGCCCGACAAAAGGAUGACGAUGACCAAUGUGGUUGUGAGGUUGAAGAAGAUCAAAGCGGAGUACACCAAAUCGACAACAAUGAAUCCGAGCGUCGUCGGAGCAUGACCGUGGGCUGGUGGUAGGGCUGAACCAUAACACCGGGGAGCCAGUUGACGACCCCAAGAUGGAGGGCAUCUAUGACAACUACUCGGUGAAGCGCCAGAUCAUGAA